AUGGCUGCGGAUUCGUGCAAGCCUGCUGGACGUGUUGACAUGAGAGAAGGAAAAGAUGGAACCAGAAUAAGCAGACUGAAGAAACUCAGGAGGAGAAUCUCAGCCAGCUUUGGCAGAUUAUCAAUCAGCAAGGAAGAAACCAUCCAGGAAAGUGACAAUGAGAUAGAUAACAGUGUCUUUCUGGCUGACAUAGGACAUAGGAAUGGAUAUUAUCCACAGAAGACACGGUCUGCCCCAGAUACACCUCCAGUCAGCAGUGACAACCGGGUUGUCAACGGUCAUCACAGCAGGGAAGAACACAUUGCUGGAUCCCGCCAGGUUGUGAUUCCUCGAAAUCCAGAGGGACGGCAUACCCCAGUCAAGCGUCACCACUCAGCUGGGGAUAUGUUAGGUGGUGCCCCGUUUCCUCCAGUAACAAAAUCCGUCUUGACAGAGAAACAGCCACGUCCAAAAUCUGAGGGCCAUGUCUACAGCAGGCACUCAAUAUACAAGAGAGCUGUCAGUUUUGGGGGUCCUUCUCCUUUCGGCAGAGCAGAUUCCUACAGCAAACUGGAGCAGCUGGGGGAAGGUUCAUAUGCCACCGUUUUCAAGGGCUUUAGCAGUCUGACUAAUCAGGUUGUUGCCCUUAAAGAAAUCAGGCUACAGGAAGAAGAAGGAGCACCAUUUACUGCCAUCAGAGAAGCGUCCCUGCUCAAAGGCUUGAGACAUGCCAAUAUUGUUACACUGCAUGAUAUUAUCCACACAAGGGAGACGUUGACCUUCGUCUUUGAAUAUGUGCACACAGACCUGAGCCAGUACUUGGAGAAGCAUCCUGGUGGCCUCAACACAUUUAACGUCAAGCUGUUCUUGUACCAGUUGCUUCGAGGUCUGGCCUAUUGCCACCAACGCCGCAUUUUACAUAGAGAUCUCAAGCCCCAGAAUUUGCUGAUCAGUGAGCUUGGAGAGCUCAAAUUGGCUGACUUUGGACUGGCCCGAGCCAAGAGUAUUCCCAGCCACACAUAUUCUCAUGAAGUGGUCACUCUCUGGUAUCGUCCACCGGAUGUUCUCCUGGGCUCUACAGAAUACUCCACAUCAUUGGACAUGUGGGGUGUUGGUUGUAUAUUUACUGAGAUGAUAUCUGGCCAAGCGACAUUUCCCGGAAUGAAGGAUGCCUUUGAUCAGCUGAACCAGAUAUUCAAAGUUUUAGGAACACCCACCGAAAGCUCCUGGGAGGGAGUCACCAAGUUUGUCAAUUAUGAUCUCAAAAAGCUGGAGAUUUAUCCACGCCAGCCAUUGAUCUGUUGCAUACCCAAGUUAUCAUUUGUUCCUCAUGCAGAAAAUCUGGCAGUAUGCUUCUUACAAAUGCAACCAAACAACCGGAUCUCCGCUUUCAGCGCCAGGCGCCAUGAGUAUUUUCAAGAUUUGCCCCCUAAGGUUCAUGACCUCUCUGACACCACUUCUAUAUUCAACAUUCCUGGUCUCCGCUUGUUUCCUGAGAAUGAUGAACUGACCACCUCACACAGUAGAAGGCAGUCAGGGAGGAGUGGAAUACGAACAACACUGAAGAUGUGA